GGUAUUGAAGGAAAAACACGCGAAAUGUUAGUCGACCAUAGGAAGAUGGAUGCCACUUAGUGGCUGUGCUUACGGGACGAACUUAACCCCUGUCAAGUGUGUAAUUAAUAGUGCAUUAAGGUUAAUCAUGUUGAAAUUGGGCUCGUUGAAGAUCAAGAGAGAUGGCAUGAUGCUUGCCAUGGAAUUUUCAAAGUUACUACAACAGAGAGGGUCGACGGUGAGGACUGCUUGCAUAGCUGCCAGAGUGUUAAAUGGUGGUACCCAACCAUACAAGCAUCCAUCAUCUUCUUCAUCAUUGUCACCGCCACCUGUUCAAGUUGUACGUCUGCCACUAUAUAGAUCUGUGUCAGCGGGGACGCUGCCUGUCAACUCUCUCCACACAUACGCCAGCCUGGCAGCCAAACAAACACCAUAUUCCAAUUUCGGUCACAAGACUCGUCCAUCCAGUGGCUACUCAAAGUUUUACUUUGCUCUCUUAGGAGGAUCCUUGCUUUUGUUUUUUGGAUUUGAUGGAAUGACGAUGCUGGCAAAGUGGUUGAAGGUGGAUGCUGCUGCUGUGGAGGGGCAGUCCAGUGAGGCCGUCGAGCACGAUGACGAAGGCAAGAAGACCAAGAAGAAGAAGAUCGGCUUCAGAGACCGGAAGAUCAUUGGGUAUGAAGACAGAAUCCGAGCCUACUCAACCCCGGACAAGAUUUUCCGGUACUUUGCCACCCUGAAGGUGCAGAUUAAUUCUGGCGUGUGGGAAGUGUUCAUGACCCCAGAGGAUUUUGUGCGUUCGAUCACGCCUGGGAUCAAACAGCCCGAAGGCCUCGGACUCGACCAGUUUAGGAAGUUCGACCCUAAGAGCCAGACUACCAGUAGAGAAGGAAAUAAGGAUAACCUGUUUGAGAUGCGGGAGAAGUUAGAUGACAUGUGUGAAGUGAGUCACGACAGCAUCUUCUACAGGCUGGGGCAGACAGGCCUCAUCUCCUUCUCUGACUAUAUCUUCCUCCUCACAGUGUUGUCAACACCUCCUCGCAACUUUGAGAUUGGAUUUCGAAUGUUUGACCUAAAUGGUGACGGGGAAGUUGAAUACACAGAAUUCCAGAAGGUACACGAUGUGGUACAGAGUCAGACAUCGAUCGGGAUGCGGCACCGAGACCAUGCCAACACUGGCAGUGUCAACAAGGGCAUGAGUUCUUCACUCCUCACCUACUUCUUUGGUGUGGACAGCAAGAAAAAGUUGACUGUGCAAGGUUUCCUUGACUUCCAGAGACAGCUCCAGACAGAGAUCCUCAAGAUAGAGUUCAAUCGCUACAAGCAGGAUGAUGACACGAUAUCAGAGAAAGACUUCGGCAAUGUCCUCAUCACAUAUGCUGGAAUGCCAGAGAAGAAAAAACUACGCAUGUUGAAGAGAGUGAAGAAGAAGUUCAAGGAAAACCCAAGGGGUAUUGGAUUUAGUGAGUAUACAGCGUUCUGGCUGUUCCUGAAGAGCAUCAACGACGUGGACACCGCCCUCAGCUUCUACCACCUUGCGGGUGUCUCCAUUGAUAUGGAGACAUUUCGCCAUGUUGCCCGCACCGUGGCCCAUGUUGAGCUGUCCGAUCACGUCAUCGAUGUUGUCUUCACACUUUUCGAUGAAAACAACGAUGGCCAGCUGAGUAACAAGGAGUUUGUGUCAGUGAUGAAGCAGCGUGUGAUGCGGGGCCUGGAGAAACCCAAGGACACCGGCCUCAUCAAACUACUUAAUGCUAUGUGGAAGUGUGGCAAGUCACAGACCCAGACAUUCAUCGACUGAAGGGCUGCUUCUCCAUCUUGUUUCGGCAUCACCCCCUCAGAGGGUACUCCACCACGUGCCCUUUCCUUGGUGUCAGCACGGGUAUGGAACAUGGUGAAAUGACCUGGAUAUUUGACUCUCUUGACUUCGCUGCACACCUUUCACUUGUUACUUAUUGAUCUCACCUUUUUCAAUUGGUAUGAACUUUAGGUAGCUAAACAAUGUAGUGGUUUGUCAGGGUGUGAUAAUCACAGCUCUGCCAGUCCAUGCGAACACUAGUGAUUGAGUGAUAUUCCUUCAUGCUUCGUGAUGCAGAACCUGAAUGUGCGACAGAAAGCAUGGAGGAAGGUUCAGGGUGUUUGGUAGAAGGGUUAACGCCCAGAAAGAUGCUCAUCCUGUAGACAGAGGACCUUGUGUAUGCAGUGCUACUGUUGGGAGCACCUGAUCAUAGCAAGUUAACAUUUAUGGGAUUUUUCUUCCUCCUUCGAUAUUGAACCCUUAUCAUGAUUCUAGAUGUGAAACACACUGUAUUCAAGUAGAGAGGGUUUUUUUCUCUUGAGAGAGUAUUCCAAUGUUACCAUUUUCAGACACCACAGAUUUAAAAAAGAAUACUUUUCAUCUAUCUACUGUGAUACAUACCUAUCUAUAAUAAAAUUGUUAUCCAAAAAUAA